UGAUAGACCACCAUCGACUGCGAUAGCUCUCUUGCCCCGGAAAAACCCUGUAGUGCAGUGUAAUGUCGUUGAAUACCGAUGAUUCCGGUCGGAUAAGGACCCGACAACGCGCCAAAAGAGCGUGCGAAACUUGCAAACUGCGCAAGCGGAAAUGCGACGGGCAUGAGCCCUGCACUUACUGCCUGCGAUACGAGUAUCAGUGCACCUUCAAACCUCAUCCACGGAGAAGACCUGCGGUGCCCAAGAAUUCAGCAGGGCCCAGUGAGGAACAGGACUCACCCAGACUUUCCGACAGAGCGGAUGCUAAUCAAGAACACAUGGAGGCCAACUCAGGCACCGCGUUCCCUCAUCUCUUGGGUAUGAGGUUGAAUCCUCAAGGCGCACCCAAGGUAUACGGCUUUAGCUGGAAUUUAGGUCCACGAGAUGAGCCUUUGGGGCCCUUCACCAAUAUUGCAGAUUUGAUUUCACAAGAGGAUAUGGAAGACUUGGCUAGCCACUAUUUAAAGAAGAUACAUCCCGUGUACGCAGUACUGGACCCCGACGCUUUAAGGCAAAAGGUUAUUGCUAGAUGGCAUGAUUCUGCAACUGCAACCAGCUAUGACCCCGUUCUUUGUGGCGUUGCAGCAUUGGGCUCCUUGUAUUCGGGGCAUCAGGAACAUCCAAAAGAAGGACUGUUGGUGCAGUCGGCGAAGGAGAUGUUGGAGACCACCCGGAUUUCAAAAGCAACCCUCCUGCACCAUGCCACCGCUUGGAUCUUACGGACCAUCUACCUCCGAAGCACUAAUUGCCCCCACGCAUCGUGGAUGGCCAGUUGUUCCACCAUGCACAUAAUUGAGGCCAUCGGAGCUCAUCAGGACCCUGAACUGGUGUCCUUGGUGUAUUCGGAUACUGCAGACGUCGGCGUUAAUGACGAUGAGAGUCAGCGCCGGCUAUUCUGGGUUGCCACUGUGCUGAAUUCGUGGAUUUCCUAUGAAUACGGCCGAUCCCGUGUCAUUCUACGAGGCGUCUCCUGCAAGCCACCGUUGCCGCGAACGGGAGACUUCACCACGGAUCUGAUCGCCCUGUACCAGAUCUCAGAACGCCUAGAUCCCGACCAGAACAACAAGGUGUCUGACCUUGAAGAAGCUCUCAGCCGCGUCGAGCGCCUCACGCUCUCCCACGAUGCGUUGGUACUCUCGCAAAGUAAUCUGGCGCUCACGAUAUAUCGUCGUCUGCGAGUUGCUUCGUCGAAUAUCUCGAACGACAUUCUUACCCGUAUCAUCCGGCUCGGCAAUGACGGUCUCGAUGCAGCAGUUCGCCUGGCGGAAGGUCACUGUCCAUGGUGGCACGUUGCCAAUAUACCCUUUCAAUUUCUCUGUAUCCUGCUGGCUAUUGACACAAGGGAGUCACUUUCGCACGUUGGUCCCGCGCUGCGCUCCUUCAGGGUCAUAACCAGCCAUUACAGCACGCCGACCCUUCACACAGCCCUCGAGACUAUAGAAUCACUGGUUCGCCUAUCCCAGAACAAAAAGGAAAGAGAUUUGGUUCUCUUGAGAGACAGUAUGCAACAAGAAGACCCAGGGGUGACCGAACAAGACUCAACGACUUCCGCUGCAUUUAACGAUUCUUCCUGGCUGGGAGGGACUGGUGACCUAGGCCUGCCGGAUAACUUUGACUGGGACUGGAAUGUUUUCCUAGACACACAGGUACCUUUCUUUGACGAGGGCGAAUAUAGUGGCCAGAGAUAUAGAUGA